AUGGAAAAAGUGAAUCACUCUGUGGUAUCAGAGUUUGUGUUUCUGGGACUCACCAACUCCUGGAGUAUUCAGCUAUUGCUUUUUGUGUUUUCCUCCAUCUUUUAUGUAGGAAGCAUGAUGGGAAACUGCCUCAUUGUGUUCACUGUGGCAUCUGACUCUAACCUACACUCUCCCAUGUACUUUCUGUUGGCAAACCUCUCCUUCAUUGACUUAGGUGUUUCUUCUGUUAUUUCUUCAAAGAUGAUUUAUGACUUAUUCAGAAAACACAAAGUCAUCUCCUUUAGAGGUUGUGUCACUCAAAUCUUCUUCAUCCAUGUUAUUGGUGGUGUGGAGAUGGUGCUUCUCAUAGCCAUGGCUUUUGACAGAUAUGUGGCCAUAAGUAAGCCUCUCCAUUACCUGACCAUUAUGAGCCCAAGGAUUUGCAUCUUGUUUUCAGUGAUAGCCUGGGUGGUUGGCCUUAUGCAUUCUUUGGUUCAACUGGCUUUUGUAAUAAACUUACCUUUCUGUGGACCCAAUGUGUUGGACAGCUUCUACUGUGACCUUCCCCGGUUUAUCAAACUUGCCUGCAUAGACACUUACCAACUGGAAUUUAUGGUCACAGCCAACAGUGGGUUUAUAUCUUUGGGCUCUUUCUUCAUACUUAUCAUUUCCUAUAUUAUCAUCAUAAUCACUGUGCAAAAACACUCUUCAAGUGGCUCCCUUAAAACCCUGUCCACACUUUCAGCUCAUGUUACUGUGGUGGUCUUAUUCUUUGGUCCUUUGAUAUUUUUCUAUACCUGGCCCUUUCCUUCUACACACUUGGAUAAAUAUCUGAUCAUAUUUGAUGCAGUUAUUACUCCUGUUCUGAAUCCUGUGAUCUACACAUUCAGAAACCAAGAAAUGAAGAUUUCAAUGAAGAGAGUAUGCAGACAACUAAUGAGAUAUAGGAAAACUUCUUAA